AUGUUGAGCUUAUUAUCGUACGAGACGGUUGGCGAAAAUGUGUCUCCUGAGCACCCCCAGGUUGUCCCCAUUACGAUUUUCGUGGCAGUGCUGUGCCUCUGCUUGGUCAUUGGCCAUUUGCUCGAAGAGAAUCGUUGGGUUAACGAGUCCAUCACCGCCAUCUUCAUCGGAGGCUUAACUGGAAUCCUGAUCUUGGUCUUGCGGAAGGGGCAAAGUUCUCACCUUUUGAGGUUCAGUGAGGAGCUCUUCUUCAUUUACCUCCUUCCCCCCAUCAUCUUCAAUGCCGGAUUUCAGGUUAAGAAGAAGCAGUUCUUUCAGAACUUCAUAACCAUUAUGCUGUUUGGGAUUGUUGGGGUUUUCAUCUCAACAGUCAUUAUAUCCCUAGCUAUAGGAACCAUAUUUUCGUCGACCGAUACAGUGUGCACCCUGCAGGUUCUUCACCAAGAUGAAACACCUUUGCUCUACAGCAUAGUGUUUGGGGAAGGAGUAGUAAACGAUGCAACAUCAGUUGUUCUGUUCAAUGCUGUUCAGAAGAUGGAUGUCAGCAAGAUCAACUCCCAAACAAUACUCAGUGUCAUUGGAGAUUUCCUCUACUUGUUCUCCACCAGCACUGCUCUUGGAAUCGGUGUGAGUGUUCACCGAAUUGAACGUGUUUUUCUCAUCGAGCUAUAUUUAUAUAGGCAAAGGCCUGUCUCACCCCAAUUUCUCUUGUUUAGGUUGGCCUCCUCACUUCACUUGUGCUUAAAACACUCUACUUUGGGAAGUAAGUACCCCUUGCUCGGAAAGGUAGUUAGAACACAUGAGUGGGAACUACUGUCUAACUUUUUAUUGCCUAAAAAAAUUGCAUUGACCAAACUGGUUUCAAAAAUCCUAACACAAGUUUUGUCGUUUGAAAACAGACACUCAAGCAUACGUGAACUCGCCAUGAUGGUAUUAAUGGCUUAUCUAUCUUACAUGCUCGCCGAGCUGCUUGAACUAAGCGGGAUUCUCACUGUUUUCUUUUGUGGAAUCAUCAUGUCGCAUUAUUCUUGGCACAAUGUGACGGAAAGUUCCAGGAUCACAGCCAGGCAUGUAUCACAUCAGGAAGAACAUGUUUUCGCCAUGUUGUCCUUUGUCGCCGAGACGUUCAUAUUUCUCUAUGUGGGCAUGGAUGCUUUUGACAUCGAGAAGUGGAAGAUGACUAAAUUGAGCUUAGGGACUUCCCUUGGGAUCUAUAGCUCAAUAGUGUUUCUGAUAUUGGUGGGGCGUGCUGUAUUCGUGUUUCCACUCUCUGCAUUUUCCAACUUCAUGAACAGACGCAAAACAUCCCCGCUCACCUUCAAACAGCAAGUCGGGUUUUUUCUUUCUUUGCUGCUAAAUUGCGAUGUGGGGUCGAUUGAAACACAUUCAAUUCCUAAAAUAACUUUUUCCCUUUACUUGGGUACUUUCAUUUCUUGUGCAGACUGUUAUUUGGUGGGCUGGCCUAAUGAGAGGUGCUGUCUCUAUCGCUCUUGCUUUCAAACAGUAGCAUAUGUUCUUUGGCUGUGCAUGCAGUUCACCUAUUCUGGCGUCACGUUGGAUCCUAUCAAUGCAACAAUGAUCACCAACACCAUCAUAGUCGUUCUCUUCACUACAUUGGUAUUUGGUUUCUUGACGAAGCCCCUGGUAAAUUACCUAAUCACACACCGAAUGAGAAACCAGAACAAUCGUGGGGGUGGGAGUGGAGGAGAACAACCAAGGUCCCCAAAAGACGAUGUGGUGCUUCCUUUGCUGUCCUUUGACGAAUCUGCAUCUGCUAACAUGCAAAUCGCAAGGGAGAGUUUCUCCUUGUUGAUGGACAGGCCGGUAUACACCAUCCAUCACUACUGGAGGAGGUUUGAUAAUGCCUACAUGAGACCCAUUUUUGGUGGCCCUCGGCACAGCCGAUCAGAAUGCUGAGUUUCUACCGCCACUACUGCUCUUUCUCUCUCUCUCUCGCUAAAGUCUCGGCCAUUUCUUCAUCGAAGAAUACCUGAAUCGCCUCAAGGCAGCCUAAGGGUAGGGGAGAAAGGGGUGUGUUUAUUUGAGUUGGUGCCUAGACUAUGCAUGUACAAAACACUAAAUGCAGAUGUCGAGUAUAGUAGAGAUUGUGUAUGGAAUGGAAGGAAUGUAGUAAUGUUCAAGUUUUGGAAGUUUUGAUGGUGGAAGCUACUAUCUGAAUGUAAAUUAUUUAAGAGAACUCUCAACAAACAUUUUUUGUGAAAAAUGGAGCUUCCUUCAUUAAAGCAAUACAUUGUUCCAGAAAUCAUCAAAGUACAAGAACAAACUUCAGACUACUAAAACCAAGUCACAGAAAGGAUCAUUCCCAAAGCUGAAUCCCAGGUCCCUGAAUAGUCCAAGUCUCCUUACUAGUAGACAUCUUCAUUCAAGGCGAUUUGCAUUCUGGUGGAGUCUUGAGGCCACAUUUCUCAGGCAAAGCAAGGGCACGAGCGGGGUCGAUUCCAAAUGCUGGGAGGAAAUCCUUGAACAUGCAUAGGCAUGGCAAGUUGGAACGUUUGAUCAUCUUGCAGCAGUCGUAGGUGGGGCGCGGGGGUGAUUCUCCGGUGACAGCAGGGCGGCAGACAAUGAGCUGGGACGGAUCAACCCGGCAAUCACUGUUUAGCCUGACAGCGGCUGAACUACCACCACCUGAGCCUCCAUCUAUCACAGUAGCUGCAGGCAGUGCUAGCACUACUACAAGCACAAAAAAGAGCGCAAGAGCUUUGAGGUCGGCCAUAGUCCUGCUUCCUGAUGUAGGGUUUUGAGGAGUGUAGGCUCUGUAAUUUAUACAAAGCAGGCAAAAAGGGUUGCAGUUUGGUUACCCCUUGAGUUUUGUUUAAUUGAAGCCAAAUGGAAUAUUAGUAGUAGUGUCAUGUGCUCACCAGUUUGUUGCAGGGAGUCACGGGAAGGAUGAACAACAUUAAACUAAACAGUUCCCGUGAGGUAGAACGUUAAAAAAUAAAGCAUAAGCAACUAGAUUAAGAUUUAUAAACUGGUGACCCGACAAAGCGAGCCGAAACACUAAGCUCCUCGGAUACCUCACACAGUCACACACAUGUUAAGAGGAUCCUUUUCGACAAGCUAUUGAGGUUAUCUACAGCCUAC